UUUUAGAUCCUGCACUCUCUGGGACUGGGACCUCCCAUUCCCCCUGGCUCUCUUUUCUCUGUGGUCCCCUACCCAGAGGAGGACAGAGUCCCCACAGCAACAGAAGACCUCAGACACUUCAUCCUUGUUGAACCUGAGGGUGCUGCUGCAGAAGAUGAUGUGGCCCCAGAGGCAGAGGCACAGGACCACUUGAAGGAGGGGAAAGCCACGAGCAGACACAAGUCUAGCAAGGAAAAGCCAAACUCCCCCCAGAGCCCGAAAAGUCUCCAGGAUCACUCCCCAGAAACACCCCGAAGUUCACCUGAGCCAAUGAAAAGCCAACUGCAGAGUGACUCAACCCUCGAGAGACCUGCCAGGCUGAGAAGGUUCCGCUGGAUCGUUCCUGCCCACGGCGAGGUGGAACUGAAGAUCCGCUUCAGCCCCACAGUGCCAGGGCAGUUUGACCAGCUGAGGAACUUUGAGAUCCUGGGCUCAAAGCGCCUGUACCAGUUGCCCUGCAGUGCCACUGCCCUGUACCCCAGCAUCAGCCAGAACCCACGGCUGGUGUUUCCUCGCUGGAGGAAGAGCAAGGAGAAGGAGGACAUCAUCUCCAAGGAAUAUGUCAUGAGCAUGAAGCAGUUCCACUUUGGACCGCUGCUUUGUGGCAAGUCAGGAGAGUGGUAUGUGCUCCCUGCUCCCAAGUGA